AUGAACGUCACCGCAGAUACAUGGCAUCCCGAUGGUUUAGCCAGGGGCUUGAAACCGAAAAGCAUGAUGAUUGCCUGCGGAUACAUGUGCCUGGAUGGGGUAGCAACCAGCUAUCAGCAACCAGCAGACGCGAAAAGUCGGCCCACAACACGGGACGUGCGCGUUACGCCCGGCACGCUGCUUGGUUGCUUCCCCACGAGGAUCCUCUUCCGUCCUCAGUUUUCCCUCCCCAAUACUUUCCCCGGUAUUCGUCUUAGUGCCCUCCGCAUCGCGCCCAAGAUAUGCUUGUACAUUUUUCCUUGCUCACCUCCUUGGAAGUAUCUGGUCUGGCCCGCAGGUCCGAGCUCUAGCUCGACCGUCAUCAGCAUGGUACAUACCGGUAACCAUCAAUUUUGGCUAAGAGAUGGAGUAGACUGGGCUUUUGCGUGCGAGCUGCGCACCGGAUACGAACGCCAAGAGAACUCGAUUACCUCUUCUGGGAAAACCCACAUCGAUGUCGGUGAGCGCACGGAGGAAAUCAAGGGGCAGCCGGACGAUCGGGCAUACGUGACGUGA